AUGGAGAAAUUGUUAUCCCAACACAAGCGGCCUUCAGACCAGGGUAUACAGCAGCAUUCAGCAAAAGGCCAGGAAUACAGCGGCAUUCAGCAAAAGGUCAGGGUAUGCAGCGACCUUCAACAAAAGACCAGGGUGUACAGUGACCUUCAGCAAAAGGCCAGGGUAUACAGCGGUCUUCAGCAAAAGGCCAGGGUGUACAGUGACCUUCAGCAAAAGGCCAGGGUGUACAGCGACCUUCAGCAAAAGGCCAGGGAAUACAGCGGUCUUCAGCAAAAGGCCAGGGUGUACAGCGACCUUCAGCAAAAGGCCAGGGGUAUACAGCGGUCUUCAGCAAAAGGCCAGGGUAUACAGCGACCUUCAGCAAAAGGCCAGGGUAUACAGCGACCUUCAGCAAAAGGCCAGGGUGUACAGCGACUUCCAGCAAAAGGCCAGGGUAUACAGCGGUCUUCGUCAAUAGGCCAGGGUAUACAGCGACCUUCAGCAAAAGGCCAGGGUAUACAGCGACCUUCAGCAAAAGGCCAGGGUGUACAGCGACCUUCAGCAAAAGGCCAGGGUGUACAGCGACCUUCAGCAAAAGGCCAGGGUAUACAGCGGUCUUCAGCAAAAGCCCAGGGUGUACAGCGACCUUCAUCAAAAGGCCAGGGUGUACAGCGACCUUCAGCAAAAGGCCAGGGUAUACAGUGA